AUGUCCGUUUUCAGGCGAAAUAGUAAAGCCUUGAAUGAGUCGUUGCCAUUCAGACUAAGUAACCUGGUGCCCAAUUCGAAAUUAGAGCUUCUCGCAAAAAGAACAAAUGGAAAGCAAGUGACAGCAAAUGUUAAGAUAAAGAUUAAUGUUGUCGAUUUGCCACCCAGUUUCAGUGAGUCGCUUGUAGGGGAAUUUCCCAAUACUACCACAAUCUGGCAGAUUCUAAAGCAUUUUGAAAAAAAGUCUGGUAUCAACUUUACUCGAAGAUCAGUUGCUGUGCCUUCGUCAGGAACGACUUCGGGAAAGAUUAUGUAUGAAAUUGCAUCCGUUCAUCUUUUCAGCCGAUCGAUAUCGAAAUUAGAAGAACUUAAUCAGUCGCUGGCCUCGCUAGGAUUCAAUAGUGGGAACUCUUCAUUGAAAAUCCGUUUCACUAUCACAGAUAUAGAAUAUGAACAGGCGCUGGAUAUUCUUAAUGGUUUUCCAGAUGUUGGAGUUACAGCAGGAGAGAUAUUGGCUGAAGAAGAUGCGAAGGUGUCUGAAAGCAGGGAUCACUCAACUGUACCUGAAACGAUAUCGAGUAACAUUCCCUUAAGUGCCGAUUUAGAAACACAUCCCACGAACAUGACCUCGCACUCGGUGUCGGCUCCAGUCCCAAAUUCGUCUUCGCAAUUUGAGACUGUUACAAGAUCUAAACCUGUGUCUGCUCCACCAGUAGAAGUGGGUUCAGAAACAUUUUCGAAGGACUUGCCAAAAGGCGGAGCAGAAUCAACUACCCCUCUAAAUUCAGAACAAAUCGAGGACCCUAAUCUUUUAUCCGACCCUCGGCAUGUUUCCUCACAACAAGAACAAAUUUCUGGGCCCAAACCAGUUGAUAGUUCCAUGGAAAUAUCGGAACCAGAGUUGUCUCAAGGCAACAGCGUUCCAUUGCCUUCUACGACAGUUCCAACAUUACCAAAUAUUCAGGUAUAUCUUCCUGGAUCUGACACUUCAUCCGCUAGAUUUGUCUCCUCUGCGGAAGAGGAGACGAAAAUGACACAACAGCAAUUUGUGCAUUAUCAUAACCAGAUAAAAGCCAUGUCUGAAGGUGCUUCUAAUCGGCCAUUAAUGACAAAAGCUCUCCGGGAAUCGGAGGAAGCCAAGAAGCUAAGUAAAAUCAAAAAUUAUCAAGUGCGAGUCAGAUUACCAGAUCAGACUCAGAUAGAAUCUACAUUCUAUCCGGAUAACAAGGCAUCAAGUAUCUAUGAUUUCGUCAGAUCCGUUUUGAAAGAAGAUAUUACUACUCCUUUUGCUCUUUUUACUAGUCCCCCUAAAGUAACAUUGGAUCCACAGAUGUCACUUUUAUGGGAUUACAAAUUUAGUCAGAGGAAUUUGGUAUAUCUUGAGUGGAAUGGCCCUCUCACGAAUGGGGGCAGCACAGCACUAUUAAAGGACAAGUACUUGUCGACUGCUAAACCCAUUUCGGAGGACCCUGGGAUAAAACAGGACCAAUUGGACAAGGAAAACCAAGCUACAGCACCUGCAAAACCUAGAGGAGGACUUUCCGGUACCCCAAGAUGGCUAAAAAUGGGUAGAAAAUAG